AUGGCCGAAGAUUGGGGCGCCGUAACAUCGGAAGACUUGUUUGAUCGUGCUGGUCAAAUGAAGCCCCUCAAGGAUUUGAUAAACGAAGCCGCAUACGGACAAGGAGUACCAAUGAAACACAACGACGCCUUCGAGUUUGUGUCUUCAAGUCCGAUGAACUGGUGGAGUCAGCCGAAUCCCGAGAACAAAUUGUUACCCGGUAACUACACACCACCGCAGCCAACGAAACGAGCACCAAAGAUAUUGAAGAAAAACGGGCUAAAGAAGGAGAACCAGCUGGCACUCCAGAAACGGGUCACUUUUGAUGUAAGUUUAUGUUUUUUACGUUGUUUUUGAUGUUUAGGUAACAAAUUGGAGGAAUAAUGGUUGAAUUAGUAUGGAAAUGAGCUUGGUUAUUUUUAUUCUAACCAUUGAGGUUUUAAAAUCAAAAAGGAGACUUAAUUUGUGCUUUUUUUGUUGAUAUUCUCUUUGGCAAAAUAGGAGGUCUUUUUUAAAUUCUAAAGUUACAACGUCUAGGUCAAAUAAUUGUUUCUUGUUUUCAAGGUAAUGAAACUAAAAUAUCUUUUACGUCUAAAACAAAAAAAUUACGCUUUGGUCUUCAUUUUGGAUGAAUUUAUGGAAAUUUAAAGGAUCUUGGUGUAUUAACCAUGUUGAUAGGUCUAGUAUUUAUUAUAUCUUUCUUUAAACUUGAGUUAACGACUUGAAAUUUCGUCUGAACAUUGAUAUUGGUUAACUAAAGCAUUUAAAAGAUUUUUGAAGAUUUGAGUUAUGUAUUUCAAAUUUACAGUGGGUUUUAUGUGACCUACUUUGCAUUUUUAACUUUUCGCUAAAUUUUUAAGAAUUGACAACUUUUUAUAGUAAGAAUAACUUCUUUACAACAAAUUUUAAGCUACAAUAAUAUAAAAUAACCUUUUCUUUUUAGAUUGAGCGAUUCGUGAACUCAGACGGCUUAAGUCUGGACGAAAGACGACUGGUUGAGAUGGGUGCGAAGCCGCGCAAGUCGAAAGGUAUCAAUUAUCGACAAUUGAAGGAGGAACGGGCACAGAAGAAGGCGGAAGAUAAAUUGGCUGGACCAAAACUGAUUACAAAACUGAAGAAGAAGCAACAAAAGGGCCGGAAGCAGUCCAAGAAGGCAUGA